AUGAAGUCGACAUAAGGGGGCAGGCUACUUGAUGGAACUGGCAGCUUGUUCCAGGCGGAACCUUCUCGCUGCAGCCUCAGUUUGCACCCGGACAGGUUUAGCGCGAGCGUGUGUCCAGAGGAGCACUUGAUGGCCAACACGAAGGCAACAUCUUGCUGAUGUGUGGCUGCUGGAAGCAGACCGGACCUCUCUGCGGUUCUCAGACCCUUUUCAAGGUGAAAGUCAGACAGGUUGAUGGAAGAACAAGAGGCGGAGAAGUAGUAGAAGAAGACUUGAAGGCCCUCCAGAUCCUGGUCCACAUGUGUACAAGACAUUGGUCCAGAUGCUUGUUGGACAUGCGUGAGCUUUAAAACCCGGAGAAGGUCUGGCCAUGGAGGACCUGAGGCAGCUGGAGAUGGUGGGCGACAUCAGCCCAGCUCUAGAGGCCACAGAGGACUUCAUUCACUGCAUGGACGCCAUUCAAGGCCAAGGUCCGAGCCGGGCUCAGGCGGGAGUCUUCCAAGCCUCCAGGCAGCCCGGCAAGCUGCAGGAGGUCUCUGGCACGGCCCUGGCCAAGCUGAGCUCCAGCGGCGUGUGGAGCCUGCUGGCGGCCCAGCAACCCGAGGUGGGACCACUGGGACUGGCCUGGGCCGACAACCUGAGCGUGCUGGGUCUGAGGCACGGCAAGAGGAGCCGGGCGCGCUCCACCAAUGACCUGGCGACCCACGGCAAGGACAGCACUGCCGCCUCCACCAACAGCGCCUUCAAGAAAGGACACAACCGCUCCAGGUCGGACGUCAACUACCGGCCGUCCAACUACACCCACAACGGACUGCUUGCCGGGGACACCCUCAACAACACCAACCUGCAGCGCUGGCAGCAAGCAGGAGACAAGGGCAGCAGCCUCGUGGUCAAGCAGGCUGAGAUGGAGCAUCGUGAAGGCCAGCGAGGACGUUGGAGCUCCCGUCACGUGGAGCUGACGCCCUGCGAGCUCCGCCUCUACACGCUGGACAGCAGCGCCAACCGCCAGCUGGGCAACGCCUACUCGCUGUCGCACUGCCACAGCGUGGUGUCGCCGGCGCCGUGCGGCCAGGCGGGUCUGCCUGCCGACCCGCGAACGCUGCAGGCCGUGUUCUUCAACAGCACGCGGGUGCAGCUGAGGGCGGGCAGCCAGUGGGAGGCCACGGAGUGGAGGCGGCUCAUGUGGGACAAGGUGCAGGCGGUCAGGCAGGAGAACCGCGUGUCGCCCUCUUCGCCGUCAAGGUCCGACGGGGACAGCGACGCCUCGGCCGGAGCGUCGCCCCGACAGCCGAGCAGACCGACCACGCUGGCGCUGUUCAACCAGCGGCGCCAGGACGUCCUUAAAGCAGGACUGCUGCACCAGCUGCUGGACCAGAACAACUGGAGGACCUUCACCUUUGUCCUGACCACAACCACCUUGCAGGCCUUCUCCACCGAGGGCCGCGGGUCCGUGUCGCAUCCUGUCUGCCAGUACCCGCUGACAUCCUGCCUGGGCGUGCAGCCCCACCCACAUCAUGCCGACCGCUUCCAGGCCGCCUUCUCCGACCACACGCUGCCGCUCCGAGCGGACACCGCCCUCGCGGCUCAGGAGUGGACCGAGGUCCUGAGGGAGGUGGUGGCGGCGCAGGAGGAAGUGGGCGCAGCGCCGGCCCUGCAGGGGGCGCUGCUGAGGUCCCGAGAGAGGAGGCACAGAGACGCCCAAAGAGCCAAACGCCAGUCAGUCACCACCAGCUUCCUCAGUCUUCUCACCUGUGUCACCCUGGAGAAAGGACUGACGGCGCAGAGCUUCAGGUGUGCAGGCUGCCAGCGCCCAGUGGGUGUGUCCAGAGGCAAGGCCAAGGUGUGCCACUACAGUGGCUGGUAUUACUGCCAGAGCUGCCACCGGGACCACACCUUCCUCAUCCCCGCCCGCCUGCUGCACAACUGGGACACCCGCAAGCAUAAGGUGUCCAAGCAGGCCAAGGAGUUCCUGGAGUUUGUCUACGAGGAGCCGCUGCUGGACAUCCAGCAGCUCAACCCCGCUCUGUACGAGCACUGCGAGCCGCUCCGCGUGGUGCUACGCCUUCGCCAGCGCCUCCAAUCGCUGCGAGCGUACCUGUUCAGCUGCCGCGCCGCCGUCGCAGAGGACCUACGACGCAGAAUGUUCCCUCGAGAGUAUUUGCUCCAACACAUUCACCUCUACUCCAUUGCUGACCUGCAGCAGGUGGUGGACGGCCAGCUGGCUCCCUUCCUGUCCAAGGUGGUGAAGUGUUCCAGCGCCCACGUUCUGGACUGCAGUCAGUGUCGAGACAAGGGUCUGGUGUGCGAGCUGUGUCAGCAGCAGCAGCUCAUCUUCCCCUUCCAGGAGAGCGCCACCCACAGGUGCGAGGGCUGCGGCGCCGUCUUCCACGCGGCGUGUCGGCAGAAGGCGCGGCCGUGUCCUCGCUGCGUGCGCAGAGAACUUCACCACAAGGCCGCGUCCUCCGUCUGGUCGCCGGACGACUGCUUCCACCUGCCCUACCAGGACUCUUGAGACACGCCCUCUUCCUGGUGGCUCCACCUCCUCUUGCUCCUCCCCCUGAAGGGAUCCAUCAGAGUGUCAUGGAGACGGCGGAUGACAAGAAAAGCAUCCUCACCAAAGUUUCAUCUGCAACACGACUCCACUCCUAACAAACCUGAUGUAUUAUUGUUGUUGUUGUUGUUGUUGUUGUUGUCAGCGACCACAUCAAUUUCAACUUCUUGAAGAAGCCAACAGGAAAUAAGACUUUUUUAUUUGGUACGACUUCUCACUAAAAGGCUUCUUAUCUGCUUAGCAUCGUCAGCUAACGAGGAGUUUGUUGGAGGAAAGUCUUCAAGCUGCCACUUUUAGACUUUUUACUUCACUUUUCAGCCAGGAAAUCAAAUCUUUCAAUUCAGGGAAUGAAUUUUGUACUUUGGCCAAAAAUAUGUGCUUUUAUUUUGAAGUUGCAUUUUACUCAAAGUAUUUGUUAAAAUGUGCACUUUUUGCUGCUGUUGGUCUCCAUGCAGCAAGACUCUUUUACUUGUGUUUGUCGCUAAUAAAACAGUCUUAAAGGGA